AUGGCUAAAUUCCCUGUAGCAGAGGCGGAGCUCGUCGCUAUCAUCACCGAAAGCAUCACCUACGGAAUCCACAUAUCGACAUUCGCGACGUGUAUCUGGACGCUGUUUCGGACGUCAAAGACGUUGGGACGAGAGACCAACGUGACAUUGCUGUUCUUCUCGAUCACACUCUUUGUCAUCGGAACGCUGGAUAUCUCGUUCAACAUCUAUCGCAACUUGUCCGCCUUCAUCUUCUACACGGGACCCGGUGGGGCCAACCACGUUGAUGAGGAGGUCUCGAAUUGGGUGCAGGUUUCACGGGGUGCCUUUAAUCUAUUCGCCCUCAUUGUCGCUGAUGCCGCCCAGAUCUACCGCCUGUGGAUUGUAUACGGCCGCAACUGGAGAAUAGCCUUCCCUCCCUUGGUCUUAUGGCUGGCAGGACUGUCAUGCGCUAUACCGCUAAUAUAUUAUAGCACCAAACUGAACGUACUCACGGCCAUGGCCGGGGCGACCAAGCUUGAUGCGUCAACGUCCCAGCAUUUCACGGGCAGCUCGGGCGCGGUGGUGCGACAGGGCGUGACAUGGACGCAACUCUUCCGAAUCGUCAUCGAGUCCACACUCCUGUACACGCUCUCUUCCAUCAUCGCCUUGGUCGUCAACUCGAUAGGAAACAACGCAUUCUACUGCGUCUCGGACAUGCAACUGCAGAUUGCAGGCAUACAAUUCGACCUGGUCAUCAUACGCGUAGGGCUGGGUAUCACCGUGGAGCAGGUCCACACGAGUCUCGGGGAUAUGACGUUCCGAAUGAGAGCGAUCAAAUCCAGCGGGACAGAGGUCGAGCUCGGCGUGCCUGUCGUGAUUCCCGAGAACAGUACGCAGACGACACGGUCGGUGGAGGACAUCGAUCGUCAGAGCAUUAAAACUGGAAAUUUUCUCCGCGUUAAUGUAGACUCACCUUGA